AUGACCUGGCAGCAGUGGCAGAGUCGGAGCCACCAGACUGGCCAGAGGCCUGUGCGGCUGCAGAGCCGCCCGCGGGGCGGCUCGCCAGGCCCGGCUGCGGCUCCGGCGCAGGCGUCGUCGGACUCCUACGAGUACUACUACAGCAGCUCCUCCCCGGAGCGUGCGGCCAAGCCUGGCCCCGCUGCCAAAACUGUGUUGCCCGAGCGGGAAGCGCCCAAGCGGCAGCCGAAGGAGAGCAAGGCCCAGGACAAGCCCCGCAAGCCUGGCCGCGACAAGGAUCCACAAGCGCCGGCUCGCCGUGCGUUGUCCGUUGUCGGAAGUCAUCGACUUUUACUACGAGCGCUACGACCUUUGAGCUCUGGCGCCAUAGCUGACAACAAGAAACGUCACAGCCAAAAAGAAGGGCUCAAUCCUCUGUGCACACGCAUGCGUGCAGUCUGA